AUGUUGAAGUGCCGUCAAUUUCUGACCAGCACCCGCCACUUGGCUAAAAAGCUCAACAAGUACUCGUCGAUCGUCACCGAGGACGCCGGCCAGGGCGGCUCCCACGCCAUGCUCUAUGCCACUGGUUUCUCCGACGCCGACUUCUCCAAGGCCCAAGUCGGGGUCGGCUCCGUCUGGUGGUCGGGUAACCCCUGUAACAUGCACUUGAUGGACUUGAACGACGCCUGCACUGCUUCAGUGAACAAGGCGGGGCUCAAGGGGAUGCAAUUUAACUCUAUUGGUGUUUCCGAUGGCAUCACCAACGGGACCGAAGGGAUGAGAUACUCGUUGCAACUGAGAGAAAUCAUUGCCGACUCGUUUGAAACGAUGAUGAUGGCCCAGAUGUACGACGCAAACGUCUCCAUCCCGCUGUGUGACAAGAACAUGCCUGGUGUGUUGAUGGCGAUGGCCCGUCACAACCGCCCCUCGAUUAUGGUCUAUGGGGGUACUAUCUUACCCGGUCUGCCGACUUGUGGUAACCCUAAGAUCCCGGAAAAGAUCGAUAUCAUCUCCGCUUUCCAGCUGUACGGCCAGUACUUGCUGAAGGAGAUUACUGCCGAUGAACGUGACGAUAUCGUCAAACACGCAUGCCCCGGUCCUGGUGCCUGUGGCGGUAUGUACACUGCCAACACCAUGGCCUCUGCCGCCGAAGUGUUGGGGAUGCUGUUGCCUUACUCGUCGCUGGCUCCCGCCGUGUCCAAGGAAAAAGCCGCUGAGUGUGCCUCGGUUGGUGAACACUUGAAGACGCUUUUGCAAUUGGAUUUGAAGCCCCGUGAUAUCAUGACCCGUAAAGCGUUUGAAAACGCCGUCGCCUAUAUUAUUGCUACCGGUGGUUCGACCAACGCCGUGUUGCACAUCAUCGCCAUGGCGCUGUCGUGUGACAUCACCAUUACUGUCGACGACAUCCAGCACAUCUCCAACAACGUCCCCUUGUUGGCUGACUUCAAACCCUCGGGUAAAUACGUCAUGGCCGACUUACAGAACUUCGGCGGUACCCCCGCGGUGAUGAAGUACUUGUUGGCCGAAGGGAUCUUGGACGGGUCGCAAAUGACCGUCACGGGUAAGACGAUGAAGGAAAACCUCGAGAAAUUGCCGGGGUUGCCUGAAAAGCAAGAUAUCAUCCACUCGGUGCUGAACCCGAUCAAGCCCGAAGGCCACAUCCAGAUCUUAAAGGGGACGUUGGCUCCCGGCUCGGCCGUGGCUAAGAUCACCGGUAAGGAAGGUACCUAUUUCAAAGGUACUGCCAGAGUUUACGACGACGAAGAGGCGUUUAUCCACUCCCUCGAAAAGGGUGAAAUCAAGAAGGGGGAAAAGACGGUGUGUGUCAUUCGCUACGAAGGGCCCAAGGGUGGUCCCGGUAUGCCCGAAAUGUUGAAGCCGUCGUCGGCGCUUAUGGGUGCUGGCUUAGGUAAGGACGUCGCGUUAAUCACUGAUGGUAGAUUCCUGGGUGGUUCCCACGGGUUCUUGAUUGGUCACGUGGUCCCCGAAGCCUUCGAAGGGGGUCCCAUUGCCCUUGUCCAAAACGGUGACGAAAUCGUCAUCGACGCCGAAAACAACAUCAUCGACUUGAACGUCGACGAAGCCGAGUUGGCCAAGAGAAAGGAACUGUGGACGCAGCCGGCGCCCCGUUACCCCCGUGGUACUUUGGCCAAGUACGCCAAGUUGGUGAGAGACGCCUCCGAAGGGUGUGUCACCGACAAGUUCGAUUAG